UAUUCAAUCUGCUUUGAGCAGGAGGUUGGACCAAGUAAACUCCUAAACUCCCAAUCUGUGGAAUUCUAUGACUUUCUACAGUUUCUGUCAAACUGUCUUAAAGAGUGCCUUGAGCGUAGAAGUGGGAAGCAGAGUACAAUUCUGUGAACCUUUCAAUGCCUAAGCCUGCUGUUAAUAUUUCUCAAUAAUUAAUAUUUUACCAUAGACUUAUAUUUCAUCUAUUUAGUUUGGCAAACCCAGUGCUAUUUUUGGAUAUGUUUCAGCCGUUGAUUUAUUCUUUCAUAUGUCAUUAAUUUUAUUUACAUAAAAAACAAAUGAACUGCAGUAUAUUGUUUGUCUGCUCAUAAAUUGUCACCAUCCUGGAAUGGUUGAAAUUUGAAGUCUAACUUUUGUAACUAAUUUCAAAAACAUGUUUGAUUCAAGCUUUUCAGGCCAAUUUACUCCUAGACUAUAAGAGAAGUAAGUAUUACAAUGUCGUACAUAAGUGGAACAUAAACAGUAGAUGAACUUCAUGGAGUCUUGUGUAAUCUCUCGUACUGCCUACACUUGCACUGGCUUCAGUUCAAAAUUUGCAUUAUUAAGAAAAGUACUAUAUCUGAAAUACAAUUUUAAGCACUUAAAAUCUGAUCGAUAGCCCAUUUUAUUUAGAUAGAAAAAUCCCCACAAAUUUAGUCUUUGACAUAACUACUGAUUAUUUGACAUGCCAAAGGAUGACAGUCUCAUGGAGGAGGGAGCUUCAGGUGGAAAAUUUCCCUAACUGUGCAAGUUAAUAGAAAUGCUUUACUCAUAUAUAUAUUUUAAUGGCAGAACCACAGAGGACAAAUUUAGGAAGAUUGCUUAGGAAGCUUAUUACUUUAAGAACAAAGACUUCAAAUGCAACAGCGCUAGACCCUUUGUUGCAGAUAGAAGAGCACUAACUGCAGCCACAGAAGAGCAGAAGACUCAGUGACCUACGUCUGUCUCAUUCCCGAAGAUGUCAAUGAACAAUUCUCCAAAUGUAUUCCUGGAUCCAAAUGCAAAUCGGUUUCAAGUUAACAUAAUUAAUGAAAGCCACGACAGCAAUGAAGCAUCUCAACAGGACGUGGGCUCUGACCCACCACAUUAUGAGGAAACAUCUUUUACUGAGGAAGCACACAACAGACUGAGAAUCAGUUACAGACCGGGAAAAAGAGAAUUAUAUGACAAUUUCCUUCAAAAUGGGGAGAAAACAGAAGCUAGUUUACAUCCCUGUGAUACUCACAAUAAAAUGUAUUAUCUACAAACUUUUGGCCAUAACACCAUGGAUCCAGUUCCUAAAAUUGAUUAUUAUAGAAACACUGGCAGCGUCAGCGGGAAUAAGCUCAACAGACCAAGCUUAUUAGAAAUUCAUGAACAACUGGCAAAGAACAUAGCCGUGAGCACCGGCUCCGUGGAGAGGGUGGCUAAUGGAGAAAGCACUGCUGGAGAUGAGACAGCAGCCAGCAAGGAAGAAGAAAAGAAAACAGGAUUUGUCAAGUUCGGAUGGGUGAAGGGUGUGCUGGUAAGAUGCAUGCUCAAUAUCUGGGGUGUGAUGCUUUUUAUUCGACUUUCCUGGAUUGUAGGUCAAGCAGGAAUUGGUCUUGGAGUAAUCAUAAUUCUCCUCGCCACGAUGGUAACCUCAAUUACUGGGUUGUCAACUUCUGCAAUAGCAACUAAUGGGUUUGUCCGUGGAGGUGGAGCAUACUACCUUAUCUCAAGAAGUCUAGGCCCAGAGUUUGGUGGAUCUAUAGGACUUAUCUUUGCUUUUGCAAAUGCUGUGGCAGUUGCUAUGUAUGUGGUUGGAUUUGCUGAAACAGUCGUAGAGCUUCUUAAGGAGAGUGACACAAUAAUGGUAGAUGGGACCAAUGACAUCAGAAUAAUAGGUACCAUAACUGUUGUCUGUCUUCUUGGCAUCUCUGUUGCUGGCAUGGAAUGGGAAGCAAAGGCUCAAGUCAUUCUGCUAAUUGUUCUCCUUAUUGCCAUUGCAAACUUCUUUAUUGGGACAGUCAUUCCUACCAACAACGAAAAGAAGGCAAGAGGCUUUUUCAAUUACCAAGCAUCAAUAUUUGCAGAAAACUUUGGACCAGAUUUCAGAAGUGGAGAAGGAUUUUUCUCAGUGUUUGCCAUCUUUUUCCCAGCUGCCACUGGCAUCCUCGCGGGAGCCAACAUCUCAGGAGAUCUGAAAGAUCCGCAGGGUGCAAUACCCAAAGGAACAAUGCUGGCCAUUCUGAUAACAACAGUGGCUUACAUUGGCGUUGCAGUUUGUGCAGCCUCCUGCGUUGUACGAGAUGCUACUGGGAACAUCAAUGAUACAGUUAUACCUGGGAUGAGUUGCAAUGGAUCAUCUGCCUGCAACCUAGGCUAUGAUUUUUCCAGAUGCAGAUAUCAGCCAUGUGAUUACGGGCUGAUGAAUAAUUUUCAGGUGAUGAGUAUGGUGUCUGGCUUUGGUCCUCUCAUCACAGCUGGCAUUUUUUCUGCUACUUUGUCAUCAGCUCUGGCAUCUCUCGUCAGCGCACCCAAAGUUUUUCAGGCUCUUUGCAAGGACAACGUCUACAAAGGACUCCACUUCUUUGCCAAAGGAUACGGAAAAAACAACGAGCCAAUCAGAGGAUAUGUACUCACUUUUGUGAUUGCUAUGGCAUUCAUUUUGAUUGCUGAACUGAACACCAUUGCUCCCAUCAUCUCCAAUUUCUUCCUGGCUUCAUAUGCUUUGAUUAAUUUCUCCUGCUUUCAUGCCUCAUACGCAAAAUCUCCAGGUUGGAGACCUGCAUUCAGAUAUUAUAAUAUGUGGAUAUCACUUUUUGGAGCCCUGUUGUGCUGUGCUGUUAUGUUUGUCAUCAACUGGUGGGCAGCUCUCAUCACUUAUGCCAUUGAACUCUUUCUAUAUAUUUAUGUAACAUAUAAGAAACCAGAAGUAAACUGGGGCUCUUCUACACAGGCUCUUUGCUAUAUUAACGCCUUAGACAGUGCGCUGGCAUUAACUACCGUGGAAGAUCACGUGAAAAACUUCAGACCCCAGUGCAUAGCAUUAACAGGAGCUCCUAUGAUCAGGCCUGCUCUGCUAGACAUCACACACACUUUCACAAAGAACAAUGGGCUGUGCAUCUGUUGUGAAGUGUAUACGGGACCACGCAAGCUGUGUGUUAAGGAGAUGAACAGUGGCAUGGCAAAAAAGCAGGCCUGGCUUACAAAGAACAAAAGAAAAGCCUUUUAUGCAGCAGUGGCAGCCGACAGCUUCAGAGAUGGAGUCAAAAGUCUCCUUCAAGCCUCAGGAUUGGGUAGAAUGAAACCAAAUACCUUGGUGAUUGGAUUUAAGAAGGACUGGAGAAACGCGGCUGUCACACAAGUUGAAAACUAUGUGGGUGUUAUACAUGAUGCCUUUGAUUUUGAACUUGGCAUGAUUAUUGUCAGAAUUAGCCAAGGAUUUGAUAUAUCUCAGGUCCUCCAGGUUCAAGAGGAAUUAGAGAAGCUGGAGCAGGAGAGAUUGGCACUGGAAGCUACAAUUAAAGAAAAUGAAUUUGAAGAAGAAAAAAGUGGCAUCUGUGGAUUCUUCAGAAAAGCCAGAAAGCUCAAUAUCACACAACAUGAAACAAAAAACGAGAGCACCAUUAACACAAUACAGUCAAUGCAUGUGGGAGAAUUCAAUCAGAAGCUUCUAGAAGCCAGCACUCAGUUUAAAAAGAAACAAGGAAAAGGCACAAUUGACAUUUGGUGGCUGUUCGAUGAUGGAGGUCUAACAAUCCUAAUUCCUUACAUUCUAACUAUCAGGAAGAAGUGGAAAAAUUGCAAAUUAAGGAUCUUCACUGGAGGAAAAGUCAAUAGGAUUGAAGAAGAAAAACUGGUGAUGGCUUCACUUCUAAGCAAAUUUAGAAUAAAAUUUGCCGACAUUAAUAUCAUUUGUGAUAUCAAUAUGAAACCCAACAAAGAGAGCUGGAAAUUCUUUGAAGAGAUGAUUGAACCAUUUCGUCUCCGUGAAAGCUGCAAAGAUAUAACAACUGCUGAGAAAUUAAAGCGAGAGGCUCCGUGGAAAAUUACAGAUGCAGAGCUGGAAGCAUUCAAAGAAAAGAGUUAUCGCCAAGUUCGUUUGAAUGAACUCUUACAAGAGCAUUCGAGGGCAGCUAACCUCAUUGUCCUGAGUCUCCCAGUGGCAAGAAAAGGAGUAGUGUCCGAUUACCUGUAUAUGGCUUGGCUAGAAAUUCUCUCAAAGAACCUUCCUCCAAUCCUAAUGGUCAGAGGCAACCACAAGAACGUACUGACUUUCUAUUCUUAGAAAACCUUCAGUGCCUAGAGGACCCCGUGUUUGAUUUCAGCACCCACAUUUUUAAUGGCAGUGCUUUAGUAAGGACACACUUAUCUAAUAGAGAUCUAAAGCCUCACUUACCAACAGAAAAUUUCUCAAAAACUUAAGGCAACACAGUGGAGAGCGAGACAAGAAAAUGUGACUGGUGCCUGGUGGCAUUACACUCCAGCAAAGGUAAAAAGAAAAAUACACUUAUGUAUAACGAGAGACAGCCAGUAUUUUAAAAACACAAGGAAGAAACUCCACUAAUUUAAUACAGUAUCUAAAAUGCUUUUGACAUUUAUCCUAGAAACCAAAAUGAACAGCUAAAUGCAACAAGUAUUACACCUAUAAAUAAAUACUUCCUUCAAAUUGCACGGUCAUAGUUGCUAGUAGACACAAAGGAAAAUGAAAAUCAAAUGCACCGACUUGGAAGAGAGGAAAAACAAGAACUAUGGCAUCCAUCAGGUCAGAGCCAUGCACUGACAUAAAACAAGCAGAAUACCCGCAAUGCCGUUUAAUUAUAAUAUUGCCAAAUUAAAACCUACGCCUAGAGCAGAUGCCUUUACCUAAAUUGUAAUGCUAAUUUAAUGCAAUGUUAAUUCAAAUGCUUCUAAUUAACUUGCAAACAAAAAAAGUUGCAUAGAUAAUGAUUCUAUAUGACAAGAGCUGAUAAUGAAUUUUCGAGCUCUGACAUGGACUGGAAUGUAUGAUUGCAAUAACUAAAGGUGGUAUGCAAAUUUCAAAAAGAAAUUAGUGAGAUACUAAAUAUUCAGACAAUUUUUGCUAUGAAUGUUAUGAGUUAAAAUAAUCUGAGAUUAUACUUUUGGGUAAUAUAUACAGUGAUUUUUGCAAGUGAUUAGAGAACAAAAUAAACUUGAUUAGCUGAGUUGAACGCCUUAUUCUUUAUUUAUAUAAAGUUUUAUGUAGCUAUAUAUUUCCUAGACUUUCUAAAUAAUACUCAUUACAUAUCAACUUGAAAUAAAAUAAAUCCAUUAAGCUGAGCGUUUUUCUACUUUCUAUUCUGCAACAUUACAGCACUUCAUCAUUUCAGCUGUCAAUAAAAGUAGAUUCUCUUUUUCAUGGGGAAAGCUAUAUCCAAUGUGUAAGCAUUAUUUAAAUUAAAGGCCAUUAAGGAGUACAGCUCCUUGGGAGAGAUUAACGGAAAUCUAAGCCCCAAGAAAGCCAGCGGACCCUGAUUUUCACUAAAUGCUUAUUACAAAGCAGGCCUCAGAUUCCAUCUUUGCUUGAAUUAUGAGAACAUAACUUGUGGAGGACCUAGCACUUCAUCUCCAAAAACACCAAGUGUUUGAUAUUCAUAUUUUUCAAGUUUAGCAGCAGCAAUUCAGCAGAACAUGGUAAUGCAGUCCAAUAAUCCAUGUUUUAUUUUCUCCAUCUACUGAAGGCAUAGUAUGAAAUACGGAUAUUUUCUCCUAACGCUCUUCCAUUGCUCCUUCUUACACAUUUACAACCAGGGUGAAAGAUCACUUUGCAGUUUAACUGCAGGACACAGAUAUACGAGGUUCCUGGAUACAAUAAGACUUCUUCACAGCUCUGAGCAAACCAAACCUUGAAUUCUGCACUUGCAAAACAUGGAAAUUAUUCCCAUCUUCACACUGAUGUUAGCAAUACUAAAGGAGCUUGUUACAUGCUGUCAGGUCCUUCUGCCUUUGGAGAAUUGUAAUGGCCACCACCCUUUCCAUCUCUCACUGCAGACAAUAAGCAGAUGUAAUCUAAAAACAAGUUUUUAGUGGGGCUCUUAUUAGACCUUCUGCAAGAGUCUCUUAUCGCAAGAUAGGGGAGGACUAGGGGCAAGUAUGCAACUGCACUAAGCCCUUCAAUCAUGUACCCAAGUGAGGAUACCUUCCUAAAUAUUCCCCAUUGACUGAGAAUUUACAGGAGUUGAGAACAUUGCCUCAAAGCGAUACUAGGGACCUAAGAAGAUCUAAAAAGAGAAAAAGCACAAUACGCAUUAGCAAUGGCGCUUUCAGCACUGCACGCACCUCCUUCACAACUAUCACUGUGGGCAAUGCAAAAAUGAAUCCCAAGAGGUUCAUUUCUAAAUGAGCAGCAGUCAAAAAGUAAGUACUACCACACAUGUCAAGGUAAAACUCCUUGCUCAGACUGCAGAGAUAAAGAUGUAUCCACACCACAACACUGUGGAAUUUAUAACCAUCAACACAAACUACCUAUAACAGCGCUUAACCAUCUUAAAGUGAAGCAUUAUUUCCACAAAUUGACAAUUUCAACACAGCAGUUCCCAAGGAGCCUCUACUACAUCACCCUCACCAUAAGUUUUAACACAUUUGCACAACUAAUUUGGAGAGCGUGCUAAUUAUGAACUCUUGAAUUGCAACUUGCAAAAUUUUAUCAGUCCGCCUCCCUUCCCACUCUGAAACAGAUACUUCCUUUUUUUUUUUUUUACAUACAUUAUGCAUAAAACUGCUGAAUUUUAAUCACCAUGUCAGUAACUGAAUUCUAAUUACACAUUUGACAACUCUAGAAAAAAAAGUGGCUCUAAAAUGUCUAGCACAUUUUGAGCAUAUAUCACACUACCAACUCUACACGUUUUUAUAACCUAGUGUUGAUUUGAUCAGAUACAACAAAAGCAAGCAUUGAUAAGGUGACCAAAGCAAAUUGCACCCUGGGCUCCAUCAGAAGAGGGGUGGCCAGCAGGGACAGGGAGGUGAUUGUCCCUCUCUACUGCGCUCUCACGA